AUGGUUAUAAAGAACAAUUUAGAAAAAACCCUAAAAGACUUGGAAACUAGAAUUAUGGAAUUGGAGCAAAGUAACGAAGGAUUACGUUCACGAUUCGAAGAUAUUGAAGAAAAGGUCAGAGAGCGAGAAGAAGAAACCAAAGCCAAGCAAGAAACUAUUAUUCAUUUAGAAGCCAAGGUUAGAGAACGAGAAAAAGCCAGUUAUCCUGAAAAUGGUGAAGUAUUUAUUGGUAAAUUAUCUAAAAAUAAGAUCAUUUUAACAUAG